AUGGACGUACCCAGCGAGGACUACUCAUCCUACUUCCGCGAAGUGCACGGGCGCAAAGUAAAUGUAUUAAACGCGCGAUACGCUCUUCCUGCGGACGACGAGGAGCUCAAGCGGUUCGAAGUACUUCACCGCUUGACCCGCUUCGUACUCGGCGGCGCGAACUACGUCGGGCCAGUCAAGUCUGUGCUCGCGCCGGAGCGCGCGCCCGCUGGUGACAAAGUGCGUGUACUGGAUCUUGGGACCGGCGGAGGCCUAUGGGCCAUCGACAUGGCAGACGAGUUUCCGCACGCCGAGGUACUCGGCGUCGACCUCGCGCCGCUACAGCCCCAAUGGGUGCCUGCGAACUGCACCUUUGAACUCUGCGAUCUGGACACGUUCUGCCUUCCGUAUGAAAGCAACUCUUUCGACGUCGUGCACGCGCGCAACAUCAUCGCCGGCAUCUCCAACUACCCACACUUCGUCCAUGAACUUACGCGCAUAUUACGGCCCGGCGGCGUCUUGCUCCUCAUCGAGUUCGACCUUCGCCCGAUCGCAGACGGCAAUAUCGUCACCAAGGACAGCGAACGCCGAACGGAAGUCUACGGAUGGGCCACCCUCGCCGACGAGAUCCAGCGCUGUCUGGUCAGUCGCGGUAUCGACGUGACCGUCCCGGAGUCUAUGGGCGUUAUCGCGCAUAACACCGGCUGGUAUAGCGAAGUCAAGCAGCAACACGCCGACAUUCCCAUCGGCUUCUGGCCUAAAGACUCGACGUUGCUCACGGUUGGCCAGCUGGCGUGGACGAACUUCGACUUGCUGAUGAUCGCCGUCAAGACGCUCCUCCUCUCGUCCGGUAUACCCGAAGAUGUGGUCCAGAGGCUCAUCAAGGACGCGCAGGCGGACCUGUACCAACCUCUCCGCAACAUCUCGACGCGCCUGCACCUCGUCCACGCCAUCAAGCGCGCAAAGUGA